ACGGUAAACAAGCCUCAACUGCCUCCUCCACAACUGCCGAGUGUCCCGGCUUGUGUCCUCUAGGUGCUCCGGGACGGCCGCGGCUCCGCAUGGGAGCGGGAGCGUGCAGACCGGCAGCCUGAGGCGCGCAUUUCCCAUUGGUGACAUCUUGGCGGGCCGGCAGAGGGACUUCCUCCCCUGCACCCCGUGACCCACGUCCGACUGCCGGCCUGGAUCACGCGGUUUCUGCUUCCCGGACUUCGGACCCGACGGCCCGUCCCGUCCUGGCGUGGUUAAGAACAGCAAAAAGAUGCACCUGGACUUUCCUCGGAGCCCUCUGCGUUUCUAAGCGUCGGGUGGAGUUGGGGUCUGGCCGCGAGCCGCGCUUGCUUGUUGAAAACAAGUCGCUCCUGCUUUCGUCAGUGGAAAACUUCCUUAAGUGUCUCCUGAAGGCAUCUGUGAUUCUCUACCCCCCCCCCAGCUACAUAAAACUCUGUCCAAGCCUCUGACAUCAGCCCUUUCAAGUGUCCAUGAUGCUGGGCCCUGAGGGAGGUGAAGGCUAUGUGGUCAAACUCCGCGGCCUGCCCUGGUCCUGCUCCAUUGAGGAUGUGCAAAACUUCCUCUCUGACUGCACAAUUCAUGAUGGGGUUGCAGGUGUUCAUUUCAUUUACACUAGAGAAGGGAGGCAGAGUGGUGAGGCUUUUGUUGAACUUGAGUCAGAAGAUGAUGUAAAAUUGGCUCUUAAAAAAGACAGGGAAAGCAUGGGGCACCGGUAUAUUGAGGUAUUCAAGUCACAUAGAACCGAGAUGGAUUGGGUGUUGAAGCACAGCGGUCCAAACAGCGCCGACAGUGCCAACGAUGGCUUUGUAAGGCUUCGGGGACUCCCAUUUGGAUGCACAAAGGAAGAAAUUGUUCAGUUCUUCUCAGGGUUAGAAAUUGUGCCAAAUGGGAUCACAUUACCUGUGGACCCAGAGGGCAAGAUUACAGGGGAGGCCUUCGUUCAGUUUGCCUCACAGGAGUUGGCUGAGAAGGCUCUAGGGAAGCACAAGGAGAGAAUAGGACACAGAUACAUUGAGGUGUUCAAGAGCAGUCAGGAAGAAGUUAGGUCAUACUCAGAUCCACCUUUGAAAUUCAUGUCUGUGCAGAGGCCUGGGCCUUAUGACCGGCCUGGCACAGCCCGGAGGUACAUUGGCAUUGUGAAACAGGCUGGCCUGGAUAGGAUGAGGUCUGGUGCUUAUAGUGCAGGCUAUGGGGGCUAUGAGGAGUACAGUGGUCUCAGCGAUGGCUAUGGCUUCACCACAGACCUGUUUGGGAGAGACCUCACCUACUGUCUCCCAGGAAUGUAUGACCACAGAUAUGGAGACAGCGAGUUCACAGUGCAGAGCACCACUGGCCACUGCGUCCACAUGAGGGGGCUGCCCUACAAAGCAACCGAAAAUGACAUUUAUAACUUCUUCUCUCCACUCAACCCUGUGAGAGUUCAUAUUGAAAUUGGCCCUGAUGGAAGAGUGACGGGCGAAGCUGAUGUUGAGUUUGCCACCCAUGAAGAAGCUGUGGCAGCUAUGUCAAAAGACAGGGCCAACAUGCAGCACAGAUACAUAGAACUCUUUCUGAAUUCAACAACGGGGGCCAGCAAUGGGGCUUAUAGCAGCCAGGUGAUGCAGGGCAUGGGUGUGUCAGCAUCUCAGGCCACCUAUAGUGGCCUGGAGAGUCAGUCAGUGAGUGGCUGUUAUGGGACCGGCUACAGCGGUCAGAACAGCAUGGGCGGAUAUGAUUAGUAUUGUAGGAACAUUUGAGUUAUUUCAAUCAAAAUUUCACAGGCAGCCAAUAAGCAGUGAAAAGCAGUUUAUAACUAGAGGAAGCUGUGGGACCUACUUUGCACCAUGAGUUUGUGAAAUCUGGAUUAAAAAAUUACCUCUUCAGUGUUUCUCAUGCAAACUUUUCUUCUAGCAUGUAAUAUUUGAGUAAACUAAAAUAUUUUCUUCGCUUUUCUCAAUUAACAUUUUGGUAGUAUACUUCAGGUUGAUGUUACCUGAGUUAAAAGUAGUUUUUAAGUACAUGAAGUGUGGAUCCUUCCAGCAUACCACAGUGAACACAUUGGGGAGAUGUACUUUGGAGAACUCAAAGGUGCUAGAUCCCCAAUUUAAAGAAGCAUUUCUCAUGUUCAUUCUAGUUUAUAUUUUCAUUUAAAUCUUUUAGGUUAAGUUUUAAGCUUUUUAAAAAUUAGUUUUGAGAAUUGAGACACAAUACUAAUACUGUAGGAAUUGGUGAGGCCUUGACUUAAAGCUUUCUUUGUACUGUGAUUUCCUUUGGGUGUAUUUUGCUAAGUGAAACUUGUUAAAUUUUUUUGUUAACUAAAUUUUUUUCUUAAAAUAAAGACUUUUUCACAAUGA